GUCUUUAUUCAAACGGCGUCUAGCCACCGCCGCAUAAAGAACGGCUUUUGAUGAACAUCAUCAUCAUCAGUUACCGUCACACCUGAUAUGGCUACUUAAGAUUUUCCUGUCUCGAUUUACAAAAAGAUUUACAAAAAUAUUUGCAAAAAUAUUUUACCAGAAGAAGAGAAGAUGUUGCACAGUACAUUGCCAAGGGCAUUCCUAGCACCGGGACUCAAUUAUUUCGCCGGCUACUAUGGUGAUCAGCUACAUCAUCCCUAUGGACCAACGUCCUACAUGAGCAUUGGUGCCGAGGAAUACACCCGAAUUGCCACCGAUCAACACGUCCUCCCUUGGGAGAAUUCUCGAUCAUCAACACCAUGUCCCUUGGAUCUUUCUCUAAAACCAAUUCCGAAAAUCGAGGAAUGCAUCGAGGUGGACGAUGAGGAGGAUCGUCUGCAAAGACAUCAAAGGGGCAGGUAUCCAAUUCUGGUGGAUGACGAUGAGGAACUUGUGGUCGACGAUACCUACGAUCAGAAGAAGGAUCUGUCAUCGCCAACACCUAUCAGAACCCCCAUGGUCCUAAUGGAUCAAAAGUAUCAUCAAAAAAUUCUCACACCUCUUCAGACAUAUCAACAGCAAUUGCUCCUAACACCCCAACAUCACCCCAGUACUCCCAAUACUCCGAUUCAUUCACCAAUGACACCGCCAAGCACACCAUCGCCUCCCCAGUGUCCCAGAAGACGACAUCGCGACACCGACGAAGACGACCCAACAACUCCCCGUUCAUCAAACAAUCCCGACAAACAUGUCUCACUACCAAGAAAGAAGAAACACGCCCGUCGUUUGAAAUUCGACGAAGACACAAGCAGUCCCGUCUCGGGAACAGUGAUCCUAGGUCCCGACGAGGCUGUCGUCACCGGUGACAUCGAUCCGGCUUUCAACAUCGUCGAAGUCACCGACGAGGCACGUGCUGAAUUGGCAAAAAUCGAAAAUCGCCUCGGACCAUAUCAGUGUAAACUAUGCAGACAAUUGCAUGACGAUGCAUUUCAAUUGGCGCAGCAUCGUUGCUCGAGAAUUGCACACGUUGAAUACCGUUGUCCAGAGUGUGAUAAACGUUUCUCAUGUCCUGCUAAUUUGGCAUCACAUCGUCGUUGGCAUAAACCACGAGCAUCAAACGGCACAUCUUCUACUUCUGCAACUGCUGCUACUGCUACUGAUGGAACAUCAUCAGUUUCAUCGGGUGUUGAAGUCACAUGCACGAGAUGCGAUGCUAAAUUCACAAGACAAGCGGCAUUAAGAAAACAUUUAGCCACCCAGCAUCCUGAAUUGGUCCAAAAUAGUAACGGUCAGAGUAACAAUAAUAACAACAACAACAGUAAUAUGACAAAUAACAAUAAUAAUGAGAAUGGAUUGGAAAUGAAGAACAUCGGUACGGUGCAAAUUGGAAGUAGUCCAAUUAACAUCGAAAUGCCCUGACAUCAUCAUCAUCAUCGUUUUCCAGCGAGACCCCUGCCUAGAAGACCUGGACUCUAUUGGAGAUUUGGCAUGGAUCUUCUGUGAAAAUUUGCUAACAAUUGUGAGUAGACUUGUGAUCUUUGUUCAUAUAUUAUAUAUGUAAAUCUUUUUAUUCUUUAUCAUUAAUCAGCCAAAUUGUUUAAGCAAAUUGUUUUCCCUAUAUAAAGGGAAAUGUUUCUUUUCCUUCAAAAUUUCGUCUGCUUUUCUACAAUCUCUUUCUUAUUUUAGAGGAGCCUUUUGGAAACUAAUUUUUCAUUAACCUCAUUCAUUCUUGGCUAAACAAAAUCUUGG